UGGCUCAAGUUUUUUGUUUUUUUUAAUAUUCCCACUCUCUAGCUUUCAGAGCUCUCUCCGGACUUUCCUCCCAGGCCAGAACAAUGGCGGGCCCAGGAGCCCAGCUUCCCCACAGGCCCCAGCGAGAGGAGGCCGGGGGCUGGGUACUGAGGGAGCCGCUCAGCAUGCUGAAAUAUGGAGCCGACAGAUAAGGUGGCAGCGGCACAGAGAGGCCCUCUCCCAUGGGCCCAAGGGGAAAUUUGCAGAGGAAGAUGAGAGAGAUUAAAUGGCUUUUGUACUCAUUUUCACAGACUUUUAUUUUAUUUUUUUUAUUUGGGCUGCCUUCAUCUGAGAGAUGAAAGAAGUGGUAAAUGACUUUUUUGCUUCAUUCAGCAACACACUGGCUUUGCGAGACAAUUCCUCAUUACACAUCAUAAAACACUUGUUAAUGCACUAUUGUUUUAAAAGGUGCAGAGGUAAUAGAAUUACUGUAAUCUACAACUAAUCAGAAACUUAACAUGGUUUGGGAUUUUGUUUGAAGAGAUAUACAAAAUGUUACAUACAUGUACAUUUAUUAAGAUUAUGUAAAUCCUGUUUGAUUUCCACUGAAACCCUGUCAUAGAGGGUUUGACUCAACUACAGUAUAUGGCAUUUUGGAGGUAAAUUUAUAGACUGCAUUUAUAUAGUGCUUUUAUUCAAGGCGCUUUACACUGUGCAUCUCAUUCACUCAUUCACACACACACACACACAUACACACACACACAUACAGACGGCAGCGGAGGUACCAUGCAAGGCAGUGGCUUAACCUUUGGGAGCAAUUGAAGUUCAGUGUCUUCGGACACUUCGACAUGUGGACAGGAGGAGCUGGGGAUGGAACCGCCAACCCUGUGAUUAGAGGACGACCCACUCUCCCAUCUUUUGAGCCCAGCAGGCUGAGUUUUGGGCCCUUAUCUGCAUGGACGUUAUGGUGGAGUGGCGCGCUGUUUUGCAGGAGAGUCACAGCGAGGCAGAGAGAUCUGAUUGGCUGGACAGCAGGGCGGAAGUGCGUCUGGUGUCACAGCUGUGCUGAAAACAAAACAAGACAAGCUGCGACUGCACCAUGAUGGAUGAGCUGGUGCAGGACCUGGUGUCUGCUCUGGAGCAGACCUCUGAGCAAAGUAAGCUGGGGGAGCUGUGGGAGGAAAUGGUCCUGAAUCCGCUGCAGCAGCGCCGGCAAAUCCGCCGUCGCAGGGGCCGCAAGCGCUGUCGUGAAUCCUCCCUCUAUCCGCUGGAGCACAGACGAUGCUGGAUUGACGCCUCAGAGUCCAGCUUGGACGAGACUAAAGAAUACAGGGAGAACUCCUCCUCAACCAUCACUGCCUCCAUGGCCAACUGCAGCGACUCUGAUGACGUGAUUUCAACCAGCCGAUGGCGCUCCGUCAUGAGAGGCCCGGUCAGGACUAGGCAGCCCUCCUGGCCAGAGUCUGACUCGUUCACCGAGAAUAAUCUGGGACGGCCACUCAGGAGGCGGAAGAAGGUCAAACGUAUGACCUCAGACGUCACGGUUAGGUUGCAGCAGAAGUUAAAGGUUUCUGGUGUAGACGGGAAACGGAGACACAGGCCGUCUAGGAUGCAGCAUCUGUCAGGUUCGAAGAAGAGGUCUGGCGGUUGGGUGGGAGCAGACCGACACACUGAAGGAGCCAGGCUGAUGGGAAAGGAGUGCUGGAAGAGAAAGAUGGCCAAGGAACACAGAGAUGCUGCAGAUGAGAACAUGUCUGAAGGUGAAACCAGCAGUACAUGCAGCAGUGACCCUGGCCUGUUCACCAAUGAUGAGGGAAGACAAGGCGAUGACGAGCAGAGUGACUGGUUCUUCGAGGGGGACUGUGGAGUUGGGACGAGUGUGGCCGGCCUGCUGCCCAGCUGGGACUCAGACAACCAGCUUUCCCUCGAGGACAACCGUCCCUCGCCCACCUUCCUGCAACCUGUACGGCCCUCUCUGAGAGGGUAUCGGUAUCAUUCACGUCUGAAACGAGUGCCUGGCUCUGCUACCAGCUGCUUUAGGAAGAACAGGAGGCGGCUUCCCAGCAAGGGCAACGGCGUGCCAGUGUUUGUUGAGAGACUGAGACACUUCUCCCAAGAUCCUUACCAAAGAGACUUUUGGCUGCCUUCUGUUGGAAAAAGAGACCGAAGCCAGUUGAACCCUUUGUGCCCAUUACCAGUGUGUCCUAUUGACAUGGUGUCAGAGAGCUCCCAUCUCAGAUGUUCCUCCUCAGUCUGCAGAAACAGGCAGAUUAACGUCACUCCGGAACUGUUAUGCACAGGAGACAUCAGGAGGAGGAGGGAAACAGAAGCUUUGUCUCUCACAACAUCAGCACUUCCACUGCAGUGCUGAAGCUGGUUGUGAAAAAAAACCCCACAACAACUUAUCAAGCCAGGUAUCUGUUUGGAUUAGAUGACCACUCCAUUUCUCAGCCUUAAAUUGGCCAUUUUCUACUUUUCACACCACCAUCAAUCCAACAAUCCAACUAAAUCCAACAAGUCCAUACUAGAUAUAGAACAAAGCAUUCCAGUUUUCCGUUAUAUGUUAUCAGGUGUUAGAAAUUCAGAUUGAAAGUGUCAUUUAUGAGGGAUUUAUUUGGCUUUGUCCAUAACUUGUGCAAUUUCUACAAAUAUUGAUAUUUGUAUUCUGCACUGAAUUAUAGAAAAGCACCAUGUUGCCCAAUGAUCAAGGAUGAAAAUGAAUACAUUCCACACCCUCCACGAUUUUAGGAGAGUUAUUCGUAAGGCAAAUAGUCAAUCAGUAAGUGUAAAGAUCCUGAUGGAUUUUUAUAGCCUUGGCUGGUCUCACACACAGACUAAUUAAUUAUUGCAAUUUUACUCCUCCCCUGCUGCCUGUAAUGCCCUUCAUCUUUAUCUCUUUAAAGAGAUGAUGGCAAUAAACCCAAACUUGAACUUAUUCAGUGUGUGCUACAUUUCAGGAAGAGUUAGAGUUUGAAGUAAAUAGGCAGGGUUGAAGUCAGUUUGAUUGACCUCGUCAGACUGUGAGUGCGUUAUCUCUAUAUGUUGGAAUGUGCCACAUGUGGGUGCCCAUGUGGGGGCCAGCCCCUCGAUCAGCCUCUCCUCUCCCCUCUGUCUUCAUGUGUCUCCUUGCCCGAGCAAGACGGCUGCGUGACAGAUCACCUGCGUCGGAGGCCCGCCGUGUUCCUGCGCGGCGGUCCGGCCCCCUCUCAUUAAUGCCCAGGCUGGUGCGAGGGCCGUAUGGCAGCACAAGACAAAUAACGCUACCACUCAGCCAUCACUUUUGCUGACAGAAAUGCAGCCCACCGCACUAUUUCGCCCUCUCCGGCUCCACUCGCACCCUGCACGCGUCCUUCAAACCCCCCCCCCCCCCCCCCCAUCCCUCCACCUGCACCUGCCUGUGCUGCUCCACCAAACUUUCAUGGUGGUUUUUGCUGUUGCUGGAGGCUGAGCUUAACACUGAAACCCACACAAGUUGACGUAGUGUAACUGUGAACCUGCUGCCUUUGUAACCACUCUAAUUGUUUUCUGUUUGUGGAGAAUGAUUUGUUUUUAGCAGCUCAGUCUGUCAGGUGCUUCUUGACUCGUUUGUGUGCAAACAUUCUCACCAGGAGGUCUGAUUUGAAUGUCCUGUUUUUUCAAUUGUGAAAAGAAUGGUGUGUGUGUGUGUGUGUGUGUGUGUGUGUGCGUGUGCGUGAGAGAGAGAAGGAGAGUGAGCAGAAGAGAGAAACACAAAGGCUAAUCAUUAAAGAGCUAUUCAGCCCUGUUCAUUUAAGUGUGGGAAUCAGCAGGCCCAUUACUGUCAAUGUGUAAUUAGCUGAUUAAUAAACAGGGGGAAGGGGAGUUCUCCGGAAAGGCCUGCAAUGAUUGUUUUUAGAGAGCAUCACAUGAGAGCUUAUUAAGAUGGUAAGAUGGUUCCAUUCAAUCUCCCAUUAUUACCCACAAUAAAUGCAUGUACCGUAAUUUUCCCAUUGGCAGAAAUCCUUUGCGUUGUAAUGCCUUUAUUGACCUUGAUGUAAAACCAGUUGGGUGUAGGUGUUCUGGACAAAUGAAACUAUCUUUUAUUUAAGUGGUUGAUUACUCACAUUCAUAAUGUAUAAAGUCUCUUCUAUUGUACACAUUAAUAUACAAGGAUACUAUAAUUUUAAUAAGUUGUUGAAUGUGAAUGCUUAAUGUUAUUUACCUAUAACCUACAUACAUCAGUGGUGGAAAGUAACUAAGUACAUUUACUCAAGUACUGUGCUUAAGUAGAAUUUUGAGGUACUUGUACUUUACUUGAGUAUUUCCAUUUUCUGCUACUUUAUACUUCUAUUCCACUACAUUUCAGAGGGAAAUAUUGUACUUUUUACUCCACUACAUUUAUCUGACAGCUAUGGUUACUAGUAACUUUUCAGAUAAAAGUUUUACAUAUAAAAACAUAUGCUGAUCUUAUAAAAUACACUGCUUUGCUAAAGAUUCACCCAGUGGUUCCCAAACUGUUUUGCUUGUUGCCCCUUAUUUAAAAUCAGUGUCUGGUUGGGGGCCCUUAUCAUGUUUCAGAUGUCUAUGAAUUGUUAGCAGUUCCACCAGAGACAGAAUUAAUCAAUAUUUCACUAAAAAGCAAAGAUUAGAGAAGAGAGAAUCUGCAAAAAGAUUUAUGUAGCAGAACUUUCAUUUUUCUUUUUUCGUGCCCCAGUAAUCAUCUCACAACCCCUCAGAUUUGUCUUUGGCGGGGGCCCGACUCCUACUGUAGAUUGGGAACCAGUGGACUAAACUUGCUAACAGUAUAUAAAGUAGUUCAAACUAGCUCCAUCUCGACCUGCUAGAACAGUCAAAUGCUACUUAAGAUACUUAUUGAUGCAUCAGUAUUAACAAUCUAAUAAUACAAUAUAUAAUAAAUAUAUCAGUCAAGGGGGCCAUUUUUCUGCAGAAUCAGUACUUUUACUUUUUACAUUACAUUAAAUACUUUUGCUACAAUAUGUCUAUACUUUUACCGAAUGAAGGACUUUAACUUGUAGCAUGGAAUAUUUUUAAAUUGUUGUAUUGGUACGUUUACAUAAGUAAAGGAGUACUUCUUCCACCAUACAAUAAGCUAAACACAAGAAACUUGAAUACUGGUACAGUGAUUAGCUGGUAUAAUGUCAUUUUUCUUAAAGUUCAAUUUGUGCUGUAAUAUUUAAAAUAUUUAGUUAAUUUAAAUAUCUGUUCUCUCGAUCAUAAUGUAAAAAUAUAUAUAAAAAGCAUAUCCUGAUUGUGACCUUGACGUAGGAUAGAGGCUAGUAUUUGGUAUGCCCUGUGCAUGUUAACACACUCGCAAACUAAAUGUUCCCAGCCAUUUCUGUGUAUCUGUCAAAUAUGAAAACCUCUGAAUUUUGAUCCAGGCCUUUGACUAUGUUUAACCCGAGUGUUUGGGUUGAACCUCAGCAACGGUUAGUCAUCGUUCCCUCAAGAAAUAUUAAUCAAUUAUCUUGCCCGCCAGAUCAGUUUGGGGAAGAAGUCAUCUGGAAAGAGGCACAAGCAGAUAUAAUGGGAACGAGCAAAAGCACAUGCCAUUGAAUGCUGUAAUGCCUAAUCCUUUGAGACAGCCCAGAGCCACAAUGUCACUUCUAGUUCCCUUGUCCUCUGCUCUGGGACUGCCUUGCAAAUGUCUUGUGUGACCGCCGCUAACUUUUUUUGGGGAGAUCAGGAAAGAUUUAUUUACCAAGCAUGUUAGGGAGUGCAAUUGUUUUAGAGUUGCUCUGUCUUCUGCAAAAAUGGUCCCCGGUUCU